UCCACACUGGAGAAAAACCAUAUAAAUGCAUGGCGUGUGGAAAGAGCUUCAGUCAUAAGCAUAGCUUAACUCAACAUCAAAGAAUCCAUACAGGGGAAAACCCAUAUACAUGUUUGGAGUGUGGAAAGGGCUUCCGUUAUAAGUCAGACCUUGGUUCACAUAAUAGAAUUCACACAGGGGACAAACCAUACAAGUGCUUGGUCUGUGGAAAAAGUUUCAUUCAGAGCUCACACCUUUCUUCCCAUCGAAGAAUGCAUACAGGGGAGAAACCAUAUAGAUGCUUGGAUUGUGGAAAGGGCUUUAGUCAGAGCUCACACCUUAAUGGGCAUCUUAGAAUACACACAGGAGAGAAACCUUAUACAUGCUUGACAUGUGGAAAGGGCUUCCAUAAUCGCAUGCAUCUUACUUCCCAUCAAAGAAUCCAUACGGGGGAGAAGCCAUAUAAAUGCUUUGAGUGUGGAAAGAGCUUCAGUCAGAGUACAAGCCUUUCUACACAUCAAAGAAUCCACAGAGUGGAGAAACCGUAUUCUUGCUUUGAGUGUGGAAAGAGCUUCAAUUACACUUCAGGACUAUCUUCACAUCAAAAAAUCCACACUGGAGAAAAACCAUAUAAAUGCAUGGAGUGUGGAAAGAGCUUCAGUCAUAGCCAAAGCCUAACUCAACAUCAAAAAGUCCACACUGGAGAAAAACCAUAUAAAUGCAUGGAGUGUGGAAAGAGCUUCAGUCAUAGACAAAGCCUAACUCAACAUCAAAGAAUCCAUACAGGGGAAAAACCAUAUACAUGUUUGGAUUGUGGAAAGGGCUUCUGUAAUAUGUCAGAACUUCGUUCACAUAAGAGAAUUCACACAGGCGACAAACCAUACAAGUGCUUGGUCUGUGGAAAAAGUUUCAGUCAGAGCUCACACCUUUCUUCCCAUCGAAGAAUGCAUACAGGGGAGAAGCCAUAUAGAUGCUUGGAGUGUGGAAAGGGCUUUAGUCAGAGCUCACACCUUAAUAGUCAUCUUAGAAUCCACACAGGAGAGAAACCUUAUACAUGCUUGACAUGUGGAAAGGGCUUCCAUAAUCACAUGCACCUUACUUCCCAUCAAAGGAUCCAUACAGGGGAGAAGCCAUAUAAAUGCUUUGAGUGUGGAAAGAGCUUCAGACACACUUCAGGACUAAGCUCACAUCAAAAAAUCCACACUGGAAGAAAACCAUAUAAAUGCAUGGAGUGUGGAAAGAGAUUCAGUCAUAGCCACAACCUAACUCAACAUCAAAGAAUCCACACAGGAGAGAAACCAUAUCUUUGCUGUGAGUGUGGAAAGAGUUUCAAGAGUCGUUCAAACCUGACUUCUCAUCAGAGAAUUCACACGGGGGAGAAACCAUAUAAAUGCUUUGAGUGUGGAAAGAGCUUCAGACAAACUUCAGGACUAACUUCACAUAAAAAAAUCCACACUGGAGAAAAACCAUAUAAAUGCAUGGAGUGUGGAAAGAGCUUCAGUCAGAGAAGAAAACUCAUUAUACAUGAAAGAAUUCAUACAGAGCAGAAACCAUACAGAUGCUUUGAGUGUGGAAAGAGCUUCAGACACACUUCAGGACUAACUUCACAUCAAAAAACCCACACUGGUGAAAAACCAUAUAAAUGCAUGGAGUGUGGAAAGAGCUUCAGUCAUAGCCAAAGCCUAACUCAACAUCAAAGAAUCCAUACAGGGGAAAAACCAUAUACAUGUUUGGAAUGUGGGAAGAAAUUCAGUUUCAGGGUAGGCUUCGUUUUACAUAAGAGAAUUCACACAGGGGACAAACCAUACAAGUGCUUGGUCUGUGGAAAAAGUUUCAGUCAGAGCUCACACCUUUCUUCCCAUCGAAGAAUGCAUACAGGGGAGAAGCCAUAUAGAUGCUUGGAUUGUGGAAAGGGCUUUAGUCAGAGCUCACACCUUACUGUGCAUCUCAGAAUCCACACAGGAGAGAAACCUUAUACAUGCUUGACAUGUGGAAAGAGCUUCAGUUAUCACACGUAUCUUACUUACCAUCAAAGAAUCCAUACUGGGGAGAAGCCAUAUAAAUGCUUUGAGUGUGGAAAGGGCUUCAGUCAGAGUACAAGCCUUUCUACACAUCAAAGAAUCCAUACAGGGGAGAAGCCGUAUCCUUGCUUUGAGUGUGGGAAGAGCUUCAGACAGAGUACAAGCCUUUCUACACAUCAAAGAAUCCACACAGGAGAGAAACCAUAUCCUUGCUUUGAGUGUGGAAAGAGCUUCAAUUGUAGUUCAAGCCUGACUUCUCAUCAGAAAACCCACACAGGGGAGAAACCCUAUAAAUGCUUAAAAUGUGAAAAGAGCUUUCGGUUUAGCUCAGGCUUAGUAUAUCAUCAAACAAUGCACAAAGAGGGGGCACCAUAA